UUUCAUAUACACUCUCUUCUCUCCAAAUCCCAAAUGUCUCCCUUUUCUCUCUCCUCUCUCCAAUCCUUGAUUCAUCGAGGAUCCUCUCGAUCAUUCGCCCGAUCGUAGCACCUCACGAUCCAAGAUCUCCUCAUCUUCGUCCUAAAUUAGGUGGAAAUCUUGAUCUCUGGUGCCGAUCUCAGAGAUUUUUGUGGGAAAUGGCGGCAGCUCGACCGCCCCAAAGCCCUAACAUGAACGACUUCGAGGUUAUGUUCAAGCGAGCGGAUUUGGAUCAGGACGGGAGAAUUAGCGGAUCUGAGGCUGUUGCCUUCUUCCGAGGAUCGAAUUUGCCCCAGCAUGUCUUAGCGCAGAUAUGGAUGCACGCAAAUCAUAACCAAGCUGCUUUUCUUGGUCGCCCAGAGUUUUUCAAUGCAUUGAGACUUAUAACAGUGGCCCAAAGUGGGCGAGAACUAACACCAGAUAUUGUGAAGGCAGCACUUGGUCCAGCUGCAGCUAAAAUUCCUGCGCCUCAGAUAAAUCCGGUGCCUGCUCCUUCAGCACAGAUGAGUUCCAUGGCUUCUUCUACAACCCAGGCAAAUGCCAUGCCACCGUCCACACAAGUGGGAGCUGUGAGACCAAGUGUCUAUCAAAAUCCUGGUGUCAGGGGACAACAAGCCCUUCCCAAUAUGGGCAUGAAUCAACAGUCGUUUCCUUCUCCUAAUAACCAUUUGAUGAGGCCACCUCAAGCCACGGCAACUACUGUUUCACUUCCAAUGCAAGGACUUGGUCAAGCUCCUUCUGGGGGAGGUAUAACUGGUCCACGUCUUCCAUCUUCAAGUGCACCGAAUUUAUCAACUGAUUGGCUUGGUAGGAAUAGUGGAGCUGCUGCUAGGUCUACUGCACAACUUCCUGUUAGAGGAGCUGCUCCUGCAAGCCAAAAUGGAUCAGGGUUAGAACAAUUGGGGAUGGCUUCUGGAGUAGCUGCAAAGCAAAAAGCACCCAUUCUUUCUUCUUCAGUUCAGCCAAAUCCUGUAGAUUCAGCCUUGCCAUCAUCGCAACCUGCUUCUAUUGAUUCAAAAGCACUAGUUCUGUCUGGAAAUGGUUUUGCAUCUGAUUCAGCAUUUGGUGAGGAUAUGUUUUCUGCUGCUCCUCAAGCUAAGCAGGAAGCCUCAACAUCUUCCUUUUCUUCCAGCAGUUUGUCUGGUUCAUCCAACAUCAUUUCUGCAUCCCAGAAUCUUACUAAGCCAGGCCAACCCAAUCCUAUGCACCUUUAUCAAGGUGGCAGUCAGUUACAAAGUCAGCCAUUGGUAAAGCAAAAUCAACGAGACACUGCACAAGGCACAUUGGCCUUGGCUACAUCAAAUCUGUCAGUUGGACCUUCGACUCCCAUUUCUAGUGAUUCUCAGGUUCCAUGGCCGAAGAUUACUCAGUUUGAUAUUCGUAAGUACACUAAGGUGUUUGUGGAGGUAGAUAAGGACAGAGAUGGAAAAAUCACUGGAGAAGAAGCACGCAAUCUGUUCCUUAGUUGGAGACUACCCAGAGAGGUCUUAAAGCAGGUUUGGGACUUAUCUGACCAGGAUAAUGAUAGCAUGCUUUCACUGAGGGAGUUCUGUACUGCCCUUUAUUUGAUGGAGCGCUACCGUGAAGGGCGUCCACUUCCAGCCGUUCUUCCAAAUAGCUUAAGGUUUGAUGAAACAUUAUCACUGGCUACAGGUCAAUCCUCAAAUGCUUAUAGUGGUUCCAGUUGGCAGCAAAAUCAAGUAUCAACUCAGCAAAGAGUUCCUGGUCCAAGGCCUGUAAUGGCUUCUAACAUGAUGAAGCCACCUCGAGCUCCAUUACCAUCUCUACCUGAGGAACCAGUGCCGCAGAAACAAAAGGCAAGAGUACCAGUUUUGGAAAAGAAUCUGGUAAACCAACUCAGUGAGGAUGAGCAGAAAACAAUUAACUUAAAAUUCCAAGAAGCAACAGAUGCAGACAAAAAGGUACAAGAAUUGGAGAAGGAGAUCCUUGAUUCCAAAGAGAAGACGGAAUUUUAUCGCGCUAAGAUGCAGGAACUUGUUCUAUACAAAAGUAGGUGCGACAACAGGCUAAAUGAAAUCGUGGAAAGGAUCUCUACUGAUAAACGUGAGGUUGAAUCUUUGGCGAGGAAAUAUGAAGACAAAUAUAAGAAUGUUGGAGAUGUAGCGUCAAAGCUUACACUAGAUGAAGCUACAUUUCGUGAUAUCCAGGAUAAAAAACUGGAAUUAUACAAUGCAAUAGUUAAAAUGGAACAAGGUGGAACUGCCGAUGGUGUUCUUCAGGAUCGAGUGGACAAGAUACAAUCUGAUCUUGAAGAGCUAGUGAAAACGUUAAAUGAAAGAUGCAAACAAUAUGGAUUACGAGCUAAGCCAACUUCAUUGGUCGAGCUUCCUUUUGGUUGGCAACCUGGCGUACAAGAAAGUGCUGCUGAUUGGGAUGAAGACUGGGACAAAUUCAAUGAUGAAGGGUUUGCAAUUAUAAAGGAGCUCACAAUUGAGGUAGAAAAUACUGUUGCCAAACCCAAGCAGCCUCCUGUUAGGAGUGAUAAACCUUCUGCUGCAGAAAUAUCCACUGUUCCUUCGUCCUCCAAUGAUGAGAAAAAGACUGAGUCUGGCAAACAUGAGGUGUCUACCAUUUCAAUGUCAUCCAAUGAAGAAGAUAAGGCUGAGAUCCCUUCUGGCAAUGGGGAGCGUGCCACUGAAAAUGAAUCAACUUAUGCCCACAGUGAAGAUGGUUCGGCAAGAAGCCCUCAUGUGAGUCCUAGAAGAAGUGCUUUAGAGAUCUCAUCUCCCGAUUGUCAAUCAAAUCAGCAUGGAAUGCAUGAUCUUUCUCCCCAUGCUAAAGAUGGUCAAAGUGAUCAUGGUGGUGCUGAAUCCACAAUAUCUGGAGACAAAUUUCCUGAUGAACCAUCAUGGGGUGCAAAGUUUGAUACCGACGAUGCUGAUUCUGUGUGGGAUUUUAGUUCAACAAACACAAAGGAGAUUGAUCAUGACAGAAGUCUACAUGAUUCUUUCUUCGGUCCUGGAGACUUUGGUCUCAACCCAAUUAGGACAGGAGGGUCUCCAAGUGCCGAAAGUGUCUAUGGAGCAGACAAGAAAGGCCCAUUUUUCGAUUCUGUUCCAAGUACUCCACUAUACAACUCUAGCUUCUCACCAAGAUUCAACGAAGCUUCAGAAGACCAUUCUUUCAGUCGAUUCGAUUCCUUCAACAUGAGUGAUGGAGGAUUAUUUCCAACACGUGACUUUUCGAGGUUUGAUUCAAUGCGAAGCACUCCGAGCCUUGCUAGGUUUGAUUCAAUGAGAAGCACUAGUGAUGCUCCUUUUGGGGGCCUUGAAGGGUUUGACUCAAUGCAUAGUAGUAUCCCUCCACUUGGUAGUCUUCAACGAUUUGAUUCUAUGCGAAGCACUUCUGAGUAUGGUGGAGGUUUCUCAUCAUUUGAUGAUACUGACCUGUUUGGGUCUACCGGACCUUUUAAGACCUCGGAAACGCCGAGAUGGUCCUCCGAAACUCCGAAAUGGUCCUCAGAUACACCCAAAUGGUCCUCAGAUACACCCAAAUGGUCAUCAGAAACUCCAAGGAGAAGUACUGAUAGUUGGAAUGCUUUCUAGAGGUUUUUUCCAGUUGUUGGUGACUUCAAUAUCGGAGUGUUCGAUUAUAUGUGGAAAUAUAAAAGACGGGUUUGUUUAUGGAUCGGUUUCUUGUAUACACAGCAGUUCACUUGUUCAUGAGAUAUAUAUUUGACGAGGGUGUUUUUUGUCCACAUUGACGUUUCGGACGCUUGUUAUGCCCAUGCAAUCUUUGUUGGUUGGGAGUUGAUUAUUUCUUUGUUGAUGAGGGAUUUUUGCUGGCACUCUUUUAUGUUGUGUAUUCAUUAUUGUUUGCGACUGUAUUGUAUUCAUUAUUAUUUGUGAAUAAGUAUUUGACGGUAGCGCUGCAUUUUCAGUUU